ACCGCGGCCCCCGCGCAGCCCCGCGCGCGCCCGCCUGGGCUCCCCUCGAAGACUCCCAGGGCCAUGGCCGGGUCCCCGCGGGCCCCCCGUCUCGGCAGCGCUGCCCGGCCCCUCUGAUCGCGCUCCCGCGCCUCGGCGUCCCGGGCUCCCCCUUCUCCCCCGGCCCUCUCUCCAGCCUGUGCGUCUGUCCGUCUGUCUUGGCGCGCAACCUGCGGCCACCGGCUUGGAUGGACGCGCUGAGGCUGCCCGGGGGUCCAGCGAUCUUGUUUCCGAAGUUGGCCCUGCUCUUUGUCUACGCAGAGGACUGCCUUGCUCAGUGCGGCAAAGACUGCAGAUCUUACUGUUGCGAUGGGACCACACCCUACUGUUGCUCCUACUACGCCUAUAUUGGGAAUAUCCUCUCGGGCACAGCAAUUGCUGGCAUCGUGUUUGGAAUCGUAUUCAUCAUGGGGGUCAUUGCUGGGAUUGCCAUAUGUAUCUGCAUGUGCAUGAAAAACAACCGUGGGACCCGGGUGGGCGUCAUCAGGACCACCCACAUCAAUGCCAUCUCCUCCUAUCCUGUGGCACCACCACCCUAUAGUUAUGACCACGAGAUGGAAUACUGUGCCGACUUGCCACCUCCCUACUCUCCGACCCCACAGGCUUCAGCGCAACGUUCUCCACCCCCGCCUUAUCCUGGAAAUUCAAGGAAACAGUCCUUCUCCCAGAACAGAAUAUGUGCCAAUCAGAGAUCUUGCUUAGAAUAAAAUGGCUCUACUCAGGAAAAGAAAAGGCUUGCUCUAAGGAAUACAUUUUGGAGUAAAACAAUAUGUCAAGCGGAAUGUCCAGGCUAAGAAACACUGAGUUUUUACCCUUCUCUGAAAUGACUUCUUCUGAAGUACUGUUCGAUUUGAUGGUAUCACAUGUGAGGUAUCACAUUUGAAGAGAUGUACUGGUCAAUGUAAGCACAUUCAGAGAAGAGUAACAAGAUAGACGAAGCAUCUGAAACUCAUGUUGCUUAAGGAAAUUGCAGUACUGAUCCUGGAAAAGAGAAGAAUUAGGAAAGACAGGACAACAGCCUGGACUACAUAAGGAAACAACUAUAUUCUGCAUAGCUUUAAAAGUCAGAACUAGAAUUAUUCAUUAUUUCAUGCAUCAAUAAAUACUAUUCAAGUGUAUGAGACCCCACUCUGUGCCUUCCACUGUUUGAAGCACUGGAUGGAAGCUACAGGAUCUUUGCUUUCUGGAUAAGAACAAAGAACUUUGGUUUCAGUUUAAGAAAGAGGAGUUGGAGCUUCCUUAUUGACUAGAUUGCUUUGUGAAGUUCCCUAUUACCAAGACUUCAGACAGAAUCUCUAUCUGAUAGAGACAUGCUCUAGAAAGGACAGGUAAAUCAAAUGGUAGAUGGAUCUACUGGGCCCCAAACAUUCUGUUCAUGUCUUAGGUAAGUGUGCAGUAAGUCUCUAUGCCUCCAAGAAUGAAAAAAAACUGAAAUAGUUGAAUCUUAUCUAUUUACUUUGACAGCUAAAAUGGGAUCAAAGGGACUCAACAGCUGCUUGAAGCCAAGUGCUAUCUACUGCUACCUAAAAAUCAUGUGACUUUAAGUAGUGUUUUAUUCUGACAAAGGUUAUUCCAACUGUGGGUGGAAACUGUAUUGAGCUCCACCAGCAACAAAUACUUCACUUCAGGUUAAGAGAUUAGAAGCCAAAUAUUCCCAUGGGAUUUUACAUCAAAGAGUCAAACUGUAGAACUUGACCAUAAAGAUAUACAACAAUUUACAAGAAGAAGAGAGGAAAAUAAAAUUUGGAUUCUGUUCUGAAAUCCAUUCAUAUGUAGCUGAGACAAAUUUGUUUCCCUCUUCUUUUGUAAUAUUUUGAAAAUCCAUUCCCUUGAAAAAGUUAUGCAGUUAAUAGAAAGGUUAAGCUAGUGACAUCAAACUGUUGUCUUUUGCCAAAAUCCAAAUGUUAUGAAGUGCCUGCCUUCAAUUAUAAAUGUUUGUACUACAUAAUUCUAAUGUGGCACAUUUUUGCUGCAAGGGACCUUAGCAUUUAUAUUUUUAUGUGGGUCCUUUUAUGUUUUUAAAAUUUACAUUGACACAAUACUGGGUGAGAGUGAUGUCCCCAAGAUGGUGACAUACAUCAUUCCUAAAUUUGCUCCCCCUCACAAGAACAACAACCAACAACUAUCCAAAACAAGACACCACUGAGAGAAUCCUAGAACAUGGGAGUGAGGCUGAAGCACCCCCCUGAACUUCAGAGACCAAGACAGACUGUGGUAGAGGAGUGAGAGAAGUGGCUACAUGUUGACUGCAUUGCCCCUCCCCCAGGACACUGCUGCACCACGGGAAGAGGUGUCUCCUGAGCCUCCAGGUCCUCCAGUGGAAAAGAGAACCCAGGGGGGACAACGAGCCCCUCCCCCCCAGUAUGGUCGGUCACUCUGUGGCAACCCCUACUCUGAUCUCAUGCUACUGGAAUCACAGGGCUCAGCCACUGGAAAUAUAACUGUGACGGAGAAUGAGGGAGAAGCUUGCAACAACCAGUGCAUGGAUGUCGGCUGACCGACGUCAUACUGGCAGUGCCCAAACUGUAAUCUCAACCAGGGGCUUUGAUCAUCUGUAGAACCAAGUUGGGAGCACACUCUGACCAGGGAACUCUGAAGGGGUCAGAUCUGCCUUAUUCACAUCCUCCGUCAAGAAGUUUGCCAGCCCCCUAGCCCAGUUUGCUCACACCCAGGAAGGGCAUUGACUCACAGCCUUACCAACUACGGAGAGUGAUUUCAGCCCCAUCUGACCAGAAGAGCUAGAGACAACUCCUGGAAGCUGCGUGGCCCAGUGGCAACUUGAGCUGAAAGAACAGGCAGAGGUGAUAGUUUGCAGAGCCAGUGGCCUCAUUUGGCCAGGGAACCUGUGGUGUGGGUCUGCUUGAGUUAAGGCAACAAAGAGCUUCACCGGUGUUAGAGCUGCCCUUCUUCUUGCAUUCAGGCGGGGAAUCUUAUUCAUAGCCUUGCUUAUUGCUGAAUACAGCCCGCAGCCUAUCUGAGCAGGGAACUUAACCAGAGCACACAGGAAGCUGCAUAGCCCAUCUAACAGCCCCACACACCAUGGCACUUGAACAGAGAGCAGAGCCCUUGGUUUUCUCCAUCUGCAGAGCAUCACCUGACUAGGGAAGUCAGUGGACACUCAGGCCUGAUUUGUGCCCCCAAACAAUGAUUUGUAUGGGCCCUGAGCCCUGGCUACUGCCCUGCCAGAGCAGGGAAGGAGGUAAAAUAGCUCCAUCUACUACUGAAUAUAAACCCGGUCCCAAACAUCUAGUAAGUCUAAGCAGAGUAUAAGACAGACCCCAUCCUAUAGAUUAACUUGGAUAGGGAACCAGCCAGCAAUCAUAUCCAAGUAUUUUCAGCCAGUGGCAAACACACUCCAUCCCUCUCCUCAGUUCAUGAAUAGAUGCCUUGCCCAAAGAAGUCCAUAAUAGCCCAGAGAAGCCCACCUGCCCAAAGGCAUACCAACAGACACACCCAGAGACCCAAAAUGAACUGACUACUGAAAAGCUAUCUCUGCCAAAGCAAACCUGUAAAGUCUGGAAGAGGAGGUUAAUUACUCAAAUGCUCAGGGGCACCUGGGUGGCUCAGGCAGUUAAGCAUCCUACUUCAGGUCAUGAUCUUGCAGUUUGUGG